AUGGACGGCUUCGACUCCGCGGCCAACUUCGAGUUCUUGGUCAAUCAGCUCGUCAAUCCAAUCGAAGCUCUAUCCUGCUACGACUCGAGCGUCAGCGCUGCCAGCCGGGCGGGCUACGUGACCCUCGCUUUGACCGGAUUUGUCAGGCAGCCCACACCGCUCAGAGACGACACGCCAGACCAUGUGAUCGACCAACUUGUCGACGAGCUUCAACAAGGCAUGCGGCGGAUCGUCGCAAAGCAAGCCGAGCAAGUCUCGACCGCCAUCGAAGCACAGCUGUGUCAAUUCAUCUCCGCCGCCAUCGAAUCAUUUCGUCCAGCGAACAACCCGCCAAGGCUCGAGCUCUGUGGCUCCCCGGAGAACAUUCUCUCGUGCUCCGAUCCCUGUCUCCAGUCGCACCACUGCUGUUACUGCUCCUCGCAUGUACCCCACGAGUACAUGUACAGGACGUGUUGCGUAUGGUGCAAGGUGCGACUUCACUUCCUCAUCCCAACUUCGGAGAACGUCCUAGUCCAGCUCGACAAGAAGAGAGGCCGCCCAGAGGAAUGGGACGAAGACGAUCUCGCGGUGAAGGACUUCAAGCUUGAGCUGCCGCUACUCUGGCGGAGGGAGACAACAGAGGCUGAUGUUAGGCAGGUCUUUGCAGGGCUAGGCCUCGAUGUCACAGCCGUUUCGCGUUGUUCAGCCAUUGCACGUCCUGAGCGUAAGCGCGUGCAGGCAAGGUACGUCGAAGACGCGAUGUCUAAGCCCACGACGAGCGGCUCCUUGCCGGCCUUCAUCAAGCAACUCCUUCCGAACGACUUUAUCGAAUCCCUUGUCUCGAUGGCGCCCGCCGAUCGCGUCGAAGUCCUUCUGCGAGUGUCUCUCGGCUCUUGUUGCCUCGAGGGACCUUGCCAUCAAGUGGCAGGACAACGGCGACCCGAAUUGGCGCCAGAUUGGGACCGUCCAAAUGUUCCCAAGUUCUUCAACGUCGCUAAAGGGCCGCAUAGCCCGCUUCGCCCAUUCCUCGUCAUGUCCGGCGCUCUCAUUCGACAUGACAUCUCGGACGAACACGCGGACCUUCGCAAGGCAUUGGCCGCCGAUCUUGGCGCCCUUCGCAGCGCUCUACAGCCCGUCGAAAAGUUCUUCGCCACCGGACAAAGCUCUGGACCCGCCACAGGUCGUAUGGUUCAACGGAUCCUUGACGCUUCAUAUGGCGAGGGUUUCCUCAAAGCGCUCGAGUCGGUUCGAAAGACGCUACUCAAGGACGUAGCCUGCACGUAG